CUCAGCAAGUGUCCAGACCUCCUGUGCAUUCAGAUAUCCAUAACCACAUAAUCAGGUUAUGUGAUGAUACUCAGCUGCAGUUUAGAUACCUAAACCAGUGACAGUUGAUCACCUUUCAAAUGGCAGUCAAUUUGUGCUCAAUGACACCACUUCCUUUCCUUGUUAUGCUCCUGCUCACCAUUUUACGUAUGCUCCACUUUGUCCUUGUUACAGAUGAAGAAGCUAUUCUACUGGCCAAAACAGCUCAAGAUGUCUUCUGCUUUUCUCGAACCUUUGAGGAUCUCACCUGUUUCUGGGAUGAGCCAACCCAUGUGAAAGGAGCCUAUCAAUUCUUCUAUACAUUUGAAGGAGACAAAAGUCGAGAAUGUGCUCUAAUCUCUAUGAAAAAUACAGAUGGAAGUUGGCGCCACAUCUGCACAUUUCCUGAAAACUAUAAUGGCAUUCAGCUCUUUAUUGAACUCAAUGUUGAAGUGUUGGAUCGUGUUAGUAAUCACACCAUAUUCUCACAGUAUCUCAGAGUGAAUACUGUUGGUCUCAUUGCUCCACCAACAAAUGUAACAGUUGAGUGGCCAGGGAUUGCCCAACAGUUGCUUGUAAAUUGGAUGGCUCCAUCUAUCAGCUAUGCAGACUUCUUGAUUUAUGAAGUUCUUUAUGGUGUUGAGGAUUCCAUUCAGCCACUAUUCAGGAUUGAAGUGAAAAACAGCCAAAUGUGCCAGCUCAAGAAUCUCCUUCCAGGACAGCAAUACCACAUCCAAGUUCGCUCCAAACCUGAUGGCCUCUCUCUUGAUGGCAUUUGGGGACCCUGGUCUCCAGCAGUGACAGCAGAAACACCCCAUCUUCCUGAGGCAAUUGGUCUGCACUGCUUCACUCCAGAUUUGUAUCAAUUGCACUGCCACUGGAACAAGAAACCUCUGGGUUCUGGCCCCUUUCACAGCCUCUUGUACUGGAUGGAGAGCAACAGCAGCAGCACAAGAGGGCAAACCUGGCACAAAUGUAAGAAGGAAGACCCUGAUUCCUGCACGUGCACCUUUCAGCCUAGUGACACUCAGUACCUUUCUAUCCUGGUGACUAUCAGCCAGAGUGAGCAAGAGGUCAGCUACUUUGAGGAGCCAUUCAAACUGUACCAUGUGGUGCACACUGCUCCCCCAAGAAUCCUGGAGGCUUCAAUAGACAGAAAUAUACUAAGGCUGGAGUGGGCCUACCCAUUAGAAGAAAUAGCUGAACACAUGGUAUAUCAGAUACGGUAUACGGUGCAGGACACCUUGAAAUGGAAGAUCCUACAGGUGCAGUACUCAAACACCAGUGAAAUUCAUCUGGCCACCCAAGAUCGCUACUGCCUUCAGCUGCGUACCCAGCCAGAUGGCCAGAAGUUCCGUGGGGACUGGAGCACCUGGUCAGAAUUAGUGUGUGUUGAAGUCCCACCUGGUGCAGAUUCAGUGAUUAUGAUCGUGGCCAUUGCACUCUUGCUGUGUGCAGGACUUGUGCUGGGUCUGGGCUUCACCUGCCUCUCCAACUACAGCAGUGUGAAACAAAAGCUCUGGCCAAGCAUUCCAGAACUACAUCAUGUCCUAGAUGGAUUCUUCAAGGAUAAUGGCAAGCAGCAGCAGCAGGUAAAUGCUUUAUUUUUCAACAAAAUGCUGGAGGAUGUGCCUUUGACUUGCUUGUUGGAAGUACUAUCUGACAAACCCCUGGAAACACCAAGCUUUGACACUUUGCUAGAUAUGGAUUCAGCAGAACAGGCAGAAUGGGGCAGCCGGCCUUCUUCCCAUCAGCACUACAUGGUGCUGAGUUCUAACAAUCCCCAAAGCAGCCACCAUAAAAACGAAUACUUUGAUGACAAAAAUGAUAAUGGAAAUGCUUUCCCACAGUCCUUGGAACAUGAUCUACACAUAACAUCAGAGCCAAUGACCCAAAUAAUUCCCUUCACCUUGUUGAAUGUACCAUCAGAGAUUAAAGAAGAAAGAAAGCAGGAAAUGUCUGAUGACCAAACCACAUCUGUCACUGACAUUUCAAACAAGACAUAUUUGCUAAUGGGCUGAUUAUGUCUAUCAUUGGAGGACAGCACUAUGAGAAAUUAUUAGGUCCUGUAGGAGUUUGCAAUACAAUACAGGCAAUUUUCAGUGGUAAGGCAACUGUUUAGCCAGUACUCCUCAAAUCUGUUUCUUAUGGACCAACUGAAUUGAGCAACUGCAGAUAGGCCAAUUUUUCAUGAACAAAAGCUACCUUGAAAUUUUGGAAGGCAAUGAUGCAAAGUGACUAGAACUCUACUCACACAGAGCUCACUUUUUCUGGUUUGAAAGGGGGGGAAAUUACACUACAAUGUUUCUAUGUUUCUCUUUUCAGAAUGGCAGGCAAUCAUACUGCCAAAUUCUGGUAGUAAUAGCCAAAGGGUACCCUGGUUGCUGCAACAGGAUUUGAGGAUCUGUGGCCUCAAAUUACCAACCCAGGCAUUGGGUUAUGAGGUGGAGUUGAACGUGGUAUUUUAUCCCAAGACGUGUCCACGUUGCAUCUCAUAACCACAGGUCUCCAAAAGCAAAGUGAUUCUUACGCAGCUGAGUCCCAGUGAUUUGCAUGUCAGCUAAAAAAACUCCAAAAUUUUAAAUGUUUUUUCCAUUUUGAAGACUUAUGCAAAGUAUAUUUUAUGGAAAUGAUGAAAGAAUUGUAGUAAUACAACUGCUUAGCAUAACCAGAAAUAGAGGUAAAUAGAAAAUGUACAUGCUGAGCACAAAAAUACAAUUUGUGAGAUAAGCACCACUCUAUGUUAGGUCACUGUAAUAUCAGAUUUAUUUCACUGAUUUUAAAUAUGACCUGUACAGAUUAGGAUUCGCUGUUACUAUUUGCAUUGCCAUGGUUGCUUGUAAACAAAUGUAAUGUUAUUUGAAUAAUGCAACUGCUGUGAUUC